CGCCACCUCUCAAAGAAAUUUGGAUUUAAUUUGACGCGUGUAAUUAUUUUUAAAUAAAACGAAAAUACUUGACUACGUCAUCAAGGACAAAUCCACAAAAUUAAUUAAACAAAAAGGUUAACCAAAAUGAAUGAUACAAAUAAAGAAUGUAUUGAUACAUCAUUUGAUCAAGAAAUACAUACACUUCAUGAAAUAAAUAAUGAGCCAUUUGAGAUAAUUACAAAUACCUCCGAUAAUCAUUUGAAAACUGUAACAGUGAUUAGUGAUCAACAAAUUGUUUAUAGUAAUUAUAUACCGAAUACUGUAUCAACUUUCGAAAUACCUAUUACAAUUACUGAAACGGAUUCGAAUAAACAAAUUAGCUAUGCAACAAUGACAAAUGUACCGUUUUCGGACACAAGUGGGAAAUUUAUAAUUCAUAUCGAAUCAAAUGAUAAUUAUUCUACAAUCAUGACUGCCGCCGAACAUGAAUCAACUUCAAUACCGGCUAUAAAAGAGAAAAAAACUUAUACAUGUAAAAAAUGUAAUCAUUUUUUUACAAAUCGUUUCGAUUUAAUCGUACAUGAACGGAUUCAUGAACCGUUAAAUACCGAAUUUCCAUGUGUACAUUGUUUGGAAAAAUUUACAACGAAAAGUAAAUUAAUAUCGCAUAAAUGUAAAAAGAAAGAAUUAAAUAAUACAUUCAAUUAUGUUUGUGAAACGUGUAAUCGAAAAUUUAAAACGUUAACGCUGUUAAACGCACAUAAACGGACACAUAAUAUACAAAAUCGGAGUUUUAUUUGUUCAAUUUGUGAUAAAGGUUUUAGUUUGGAGAUGAAUUUAAAGGCUCAUAUAAAUAUGCAUAAUGGUGAAAAUAAAUUAUUAAAUCGCAUAAUUAGUAAGACUGAUAAAUUAUUUGAAGUGGAUACGUAUCCAUAUAAAUGUCGAUAUAAUAAUUGUGAUCUAAUUUUUGAGACAAAAACCAGUUUACAGAUGCAUAUUAAAAAUGUUCAUAAAUAA